GGUCAAGCCGGCGUCAACCAGCUAGGCGGCGUGUUCGUCAACGGCCGUCCUCUGCCCGACUGCGUCCGCAGGCGGAUCGUGGAGCUGGCCCUGCUGGGAGUCCGACCCUGCGACAUCUCCAGGCAGCUGCUCGUGUCUCACGGAUGCGUCUCCAAGAUCCUGACCAGGUUCUACGAGACUGGGUCCAUCAGACCGGGAUCGAUCGGCGGGUCCAAAACCAAGCAAGUCGCCACCCCCACGGUCGUCAAGAAAAUCUUGCGUUUCAAACAAGAGAACCCCGGCAUGUUCGCGUGGGAGAUCAGAGAACAGCUGAUUUCGCAGAGGAUCUGCGAGCCGCACAAUAUCCCUUCCGUGAGUUCCGUGAACAGGAUAUUACGGAACAGCGGCGUUUGGCCUGACCCGCCUGACAUGGUACACAGACCGAGACCCGGUCAUCCGACAGAAUCACUCAUAGCAAGCGACAUCUACCACGCGAAAUCGCAGACAGUCGUCAGCCCCACCCUGUCGUACUACCCCGCCCUGUCUGACCCCGCCUACUUUUCGAACAACCGAUUAGCGGCCCUCCAACGCCAACUCCACAUCGCCACCAACACCCCCAUGGAAAUCAUCCCCAGCGCGAACAGUUGGUCCAACUUGGUGAUACCCUGUCAGCCCUCCAACACAAAAACCACAGGCUCCGCCCACCAAGAUACUGCGCAUGACCGGAAACAGGUAGCGCUGACGGAGACAGGAAACAGAGAGAGCAAGAAGAAGAAUCCCUAUUCGAUCGAGGAGUUGCUGAAGAAGCCGUCGACGAGGUCGAAACCAUCGAACGUGUGGUAUUCGGGGUUUCAGCAGCCGUAUGGGGUGGUGGUCGAUUCUGGGCUUAGCCAAGAAUUUAAGAAGGAAGUGUGUCACAGCCAGAGUGAUAGUGAUCAAGAACAGGAUAUUAAAAUUGAUGUAGACUGAGUGUUUUUCUGUUAAUUAGUCUUAAAAAUCGCCAUAAUUGAAUAUGAAGAGCGAAUACGUGAUCUAGUUGUUAUGUUUUGUUAUUUAUGACGAGAGAAUUGUACAGUUAUGUCUUAUGUCAAAUUAGCGAGGCUAUGUAAUAUUUCCUCCAUUUUGGUGGAUGUAGAAAUGUCGAUAUAUAGAGAGAAAUUAGGAUUCCAGAAUAAUGAUGAUGUGUAUGAGAAUGUAAUUCUGUUUGUGACUAGUAAUUUAUUUUUAGGUUUAGUGAAAUAGCAAUAGAUAUAGAUAUGCGAGUGUAUGAAAUAAUUUAUUCAGAUUGAACUGUUCCAGUACCCAAAGAUCUAUUUUCAGAACUGUAGGGUGAAACAAUAUGUAAUGUACUUCUGUUCAAAUACCAA